GGAAAAUGAGCGCUCGCUGGGCUCAGACUGGCUACAAGCCUAGAGGUCUUUUCCGAUAACUCUUUUUUUUUUUUUUUAUCAGCGACCCCCAGUGGCUCCUGCGGGCUCUGUUCGUGGCUCGCGCGCCCCCCGAGCAUAUGAGUGAAGGGUUUUUCGUUUUUCUGGACAAAACUUAGAGCAGAAACCAUAGACCACGGAUUCCAAUCUUUCCGGCUUGACUCGCUCCUCUUCUUCUCCAUUUUAUCUUCUUUGUCUUGGGCAAUUUCCUUUUUUCAACAACAUCUCUUAGACUCUAGACUUGUAUCCAUUUUCCUUUUCUCUUGGGGUUUCCCACUCAGCUAGGAACCACACUCCACCAAAGCUCGGCUCGGAACACGACCCAACAUCAUGUCGAUUCGCAAGCUCAACGUGCAGACCUUCCCGCGCCCCCCGCUGGUCGAGAGGGCGCCCCGUCACAUUCAGAUCAAGUGGCACGGUCAGCUCAUCGCCGACGUCCCUCCUGGUGAGGCGUACUGGGUUUUGGAGACCCAUCAUCCACCUACUUACUACAUUCCCCCCUCGCUCGUGCGCCUUCCGCUCGCGACCACUCCCAGAUCGACUUUCUGCGAGUGGAAGGGAACCGCCACAUACUACUCCAUCAUGAGUCCCAUCUCGGCCGCCGAGACCAUCUCCAACAGAAUCUGGGCCUACAACGAGCCCGCGAAGGGCUAUGAGGCCAUCAAGGGCUACCUUGCCUUCUACGCCUCUCCUUGGGAGUGCUAUGUGGACGGCGAGCGCGCCCAACCCCAGCCUGGUGAUUUCUAUGGCGGUUGGGUGACGAGCGAUGUCGAGGGUGUCGUCAAGGGCCAGUGGGGUACCUGGGAUCCUGUCCUUUAAGGAUUUCCAGAUCGGGUAAAAAACACAAAGAAACAAUUUCAAGAUCAGGGAGUAUGGGGGGAGCUUCUCUUGGUGUGUUGAGGGGGUUUUCUGGAGUUGGGCCGGAAGGGUUAUAGAAACGCAUACACAUGGCUGGUUUUUUAAAACGGUGCAUAUGGGAUCGGAAAGCGCAUUUUGUUGGGAAGACAGCAACAGAAGAAAAUGUCAUCAUCCUUUUAGAAGGCGCUGCAAUACCUAGAAGAGGCAUUCGAUGCAAAUCGACCAUAGCAUGUUGGAUUCUCUGGCUUGAGCGGGAUCACAGAAAUAGUGCGUGUUGGCGUAAUGAUGUGACAGUUUUGGGAGUGUAAAUGCUCGUCAGAUGCGGGUCAGAUGCGGAAUGGGAACCCGAAACGACGUCGUGGUAUCAGAUCCUUGGAUGUGAUGUUGAUUAGAUGGUCGGAACCGGAAUGCCGAGAUUCCAAGCAUGCACCGAAACCUGCGAUCGCCCGUGAGGCAUCGGAGAACGAAGCGGUGGCUGGGCUAGGCCGGAUAUGUGUUCACCUCGGGAGCCCGAUGCACCGAUGUAGGAGGCCGCUUGGGACUAUACAGUAUGACCCAAACAUCUGUAUAAUAUGUAACGAAGGUGACGCUGACAAGCCCGGAGGAAGGUAGUGUAGGUUGAUCUGGGUUCGGUUAGCUGCACUGGCUUCAGACAUGGCUCCAUAGAAUGGGGGUAAU